AUGCCGAGGCUUACACAACGCGACGAGCGUGAUCUUGAUUUUGAGCUCGAGGAUUUGGUUGUGCGAUCUUCGACUUCAUCGCAAAAGACUGUUCAAUCAGAUUUAGAGUCAGGUUCACAUGAUAGAAUCAGUCCGAGACCCAGCUUAGUCUCCCGCAUAAAGAGGUUUGGCCGAUUAGCCUUAGACGGCCCCGACACACCCGAGGACGAAUUUCCUCAAUUCAAAAAUGAUCUUUUGCAGCAAUUUGAGCGUUUCCCCGGUCGCAUUGCCAAUGACUUCCCACUCCGGCUACGGUUGCCUUUUGCGUUGGCAUAUUUCGUUUUUUGGAUUCUUUCUGUUCGAUACGUACUAUCGCCUGCACUGACCGAGUUGCCUACAUACGCCAACGAGAGUGGUGAACGUGUCGAAGUUGUGAGCUUAUCGUGUCGAGAUGAGCGAUCUAUGUGGCUAGGAAAGAAUGCCGAAUGUGGAAUGGACGCUUCCAAAUGUCAGCCAUUUGAGAACCGAACAGUGGUGUUCAGGUGUCCUGCACUCUGUGACACCGACAGUUGGACUUACAGUUCGCUACCAGUGGGAAACGAAACCUACAAAUACCGCGGUUUUUAUAUUGGUGGAGGUCCUGUCUCUAGUUCUUCUGACUCCAAUGACCUCUCACUGCCGUACAGGGCCGAUUCGUUUCCAUGUGGUGCGGCCAUCCACGCAGGUGUGAUAUCACCUUUAUGGGGAGGUUGUGCCAAGGUUGAAUACACAGGCUUCCAACCUGGUUUUCCAGCCACAAAAGGACACUAUGGUGUGUACGAUUCUAUUGAUUUUGAUGCUUUUUUCCCCGCCAGUUUUAAGUUUGUGAAAAAUACAGGAUGUACAAACUGCUACGAUAUGCGGUUUGCUGUGGCCAUAAUCAACUUUUUGCUGGGUAUUCCUGUUGUCUAUUUUGGUUCUGGAGCUCUGGCUUAUUGGACUAUGGUUACGGUGGGAUUCUGGACAGUCCUGCUUGCAAUUGACCCUCCAAUCAUUGUGAAUGUUGGUGAUCCCGAAAGUCUACCCAGUCUGGUGUCUUUAGGUUUCCAACGUUUUUUGCCUUUCUGCUUUAUGGCUUACACGAUUUGGCAUCUUGCUAUUCGCAGGACAUUUCAAAUGCCAAGUUCCCCGGUCCUGAAAACGGUUUUGUGGUAUCCUCUUUUUUGGACCGGUAUCCUGAACAAUCUCACAUUUGACCGUUUGCCUGUGGAUAGGUUAACGGUUGCCGACAUCACCACUCAGCCAGGAGCCCUUGUCACAUUUUUUGGAAUUGUUUCGCUGAUAGGCACAUGUGCCGUGAUUCAGGCCUACAAACUUUGGCUUUCUGGCAGGUUCAAAAUAUACCUGGUGGUGUAUUCCACAUUCGUUGUUGGACUGUGGAUAUUGGGCUCACUACAUGGGCUCAAUCUAAGAAUCCACCAUUAUGUGUUAGCACUUCUUUUGAUUCCAGGUACUUCCACCCGUGGCACGACGGCAUUUCUUUUCCAGGGUGUUCUAGUGGGAUUGUUCGUUAAUGGAAUCAGCAGAUGGGGAUUAGCCAGUGUGGUUGAAACUGCCCGCGCACUACGCCGGUCUGAUCCAACCGGCGCUAUCAAGCCUCCAACCAUCACCGAUUAUUCCGCUGGAAUUCUCUCCUGGGUUCCUGUCGAACUGGACAAUCCGCGGAUCGUUGACGGUGAAAUAGUUGCGCCGCAUGACCGUCUUUCAGGCUACGCCCUGCUUGUUAACGAUGUGGAACGCUACAACGGCGGCAAUACCAGCGUGGACCUGAACCAAUUGAUGGCUGAUGAUCCAGAACUCGGUCAAGAACUAACUGCUGCGCUGGAAUUUGGAAACGGAUCGACGCAACUGUACUUGCGCGUUGCCAGAGCUGCCUCAGACCGAACCGGCGAUUUUUCAGCAGCCGCACGACUAACUUGGCCGUUGGGAGAAUUGACCGUCGCACCAGCCGGAGCAAGCAUCACGUGA